AUGAUAACGCGAUCACCACCACCAACAUCGAGUGCAACCGGGCAAAAGAGUCUGCCUAAACUGCCAGAGCGUGCAAAAGAAGACUCAGAGAAAAAAGAUAAUUUUGAAAAAGACAAUAACGAUCUUCGUCAAAGACUCGACGAAACAUUGAAACUCUAUCAAGAGUUGAAAGAAGAAAUCAAUUUUCUAAGAAUUAAAAAUGAGGCCUUAAAGAAAGCCCAUCAAGAAAUCGAUCUUCUCCGCAAGGAAAAUGAUAUGUUAAAAAUAGCUCAAACACUUAAAGAAACAAAAACAACUCCACAGCAAGUGGUAAUUCCCGAAUAUAAAACAGACAAAGAAGAGCUAGAACGUGAAACGGAAAGAUCCUCCAAAAAUUCAAAAAGACGUACCAAAAAACAUACAAAUAUCAAAGAAAAACCGGUUAAAAUAAGGCCACCGCCACCGAUUAAUGUUGUCGGAGUUGCGGAGUUCAAUAAAUUACAAACCAUUUUAAAGGCGUUACCGCCAACGAAUUUGAAAGUUAUCUCGCUUAAUAACAACAAGUGGAAAGUUUGUGUAAAAGACUCCGAUAACUAUCGUCUCCUUUCGCGAAGACUGAAUGAAGAAAAAGUAGAGUGGUACACAUAUGAAAACAAGUCGGAAAGUCCCCUACGCGUCGUGGUGAGGGGCUUACACUCUUCAUGUCAAAAAACCGACAUCAUUAAUGAUCUUAAAGAAAAGAAUUACAAGAUCUUAGAUGCGGAAAACAUAGUAAAGAAAGAAAGACAACAAAAAGAUAAAGAAACAGUCGUGAAUACUUGCCUCGUAGUUAAGAUCGAACCUCAAAAAAAACAUACAAAACAAGUUCCUCAGUGUAGACGCUGUCAAGGGUUCAACCACACACAAACUUAUUGUAAAAAAGAACCUAGGUGUGUGAAAUGCGCGGAAAAACACUUAACCGCAGAUUGCACCGGAAAUAGCAAGAGUCCAGCGAAGUGCAUAAAUUGCAACGGAAGUCACCCGGCAAGUUAUAGAGGAUGUGAAGUAGCUAAAGAGCUACAAAAACGCCGAGAAAAAAUUCAUGCCCAAAGAAAACCCACAAAGAACGAAACUUCUAAGACCCCUAAAAGGGUAAAUACAACAAAACCCGCCACUGGUAAAGAAAAUCAAACGCCAACAACAUCAAACACGUCUCCAAAGAAACUCAGCGAAAGUCUUGUUAAAGUUGAAAUGCCACCUAGACUAACAAACGGUAAAACUAACUGGGAAGACUUUAAGAAAGAUAUUGAGGAUAAUGUUGAAUUAAGGGUAUCACUACAGACACCUCUUGAGCUUGAGAAAGCGGUAGAUAAUUUUGUGCAUGUUGUUCAAAAAGCCGCAUGGAACAAUACCCCUUGCCAAAGAGAAAUUUCAGGGUACAAAGAUGCUAAAUAUCCCCAAGAGAUAAAAGACGUACUUAAAUAA